AAGGCUUCAACAACCCCCGGCAGAAGCAAAUAUAAAACGCCUUCUAUUCUCGAGACUUUCUGGUUCAAGAGAAGUCAAGAGAAGGCAGAGAGAAGUGCUGACAGAUAAAGGCCCUGAAACCAUUUGCAAAAUGGCGUUCAAGAAAAAGAUCCUCAUAUUUCUCAUUGCUGUGGUGAUUGCCUCGAAUGCAGCAGGGGAUCUCACCAGCAGUGAAAAGACAGCAAUAACCGCUGGAUUCACGACUGGUGAAAAAAUAGCAGAGACGAUAGCGAAGUUUCAAGAUCCUAAAACAUCGAAGGUUUUUGGGGUGAUUGAUAAAAUGACAAGUUUUCUUGGUGCAGCUGGAGGAUUUGUAUCGCUUAUUCUUGCGUUCCUUCCGCAACAGGAUUCUGCUGAAUUGGCGUACAUGAAGAAACAGUUUACUCUUGUCAAUACCAAACUCGACAAAAUCACAUCUGAGCUAGAUAACAUCAAAGGAUUAAUUACAUAUGAAAACCAAAGAGCUGCUUACCACUCAUCUGCCCAUGCCAUACUAUUUGGACAUAAGCAAAUGAUGCGACUCUUCAAUGAACUGCAGAAGACAAGAUGCACCACAAAGGCCAACUGCAAAAGAAUUCGCACACGAAUCGCCCAACGUUAUAUUGCGUCACUUAACGUCAAAGUUCAUCUCGACAAAAUUUUGCAUGGUUCAAGCAAACCCACUUCAUCGUUUGGAGAUCCACUUCUUCUUCUUGUGAAGAAAACAUUUAAAUGUGACAUUUCAAAGAUCAACCAAUUUGCUAACGGUGUGUUUAAGCUAGCUUUCAAAGGCCAACAAGUUGUCCUUUUGUAUGAAAAAUUGACUGGUAGCAAACACAGUAUUACCCAAAGUAUGAACGAUUGGCUUAAAAGUAUAUAUGACUUGCGGGGCAUGUCUUGGAAGAUGAAACAGCAGUGCUUUAAUAACAUUAAGACACAGAUGAUCAAGGACAUACGGAACAGUAAGUACCAAAUUGGAUCGAAAACGAAUGCUAUAGCAAACGCGAAAGUGAAAAGAUUCUUGGAGUUGAAAUACCCUUGGCUUGAUGUCGUUGCAUUUUCAUAUGACGCUUAUGGCAGGGAUAACCACUGCACUACAAAUGUAUACGGUGCUUUUUGGUACAUGCCAAGCGACAGGAAUGCUAGAAAACGAAAUCUAAUUGUAAGCUUUGCUGACAAAACAGGCACAUAUGAUAGGCAGAAGUAUGACAUUCUGAAUGGAUUACAUGACAUCGUAACAAGGCGAGCUUUGUUUAGAACCAGUAGAGACUACUGUAAGACUCUCGACGCGAUUAGACAGCAUUUGAAAAUGAAAAAUCUAUGGAAGUAUGUUGUGAGUUUGACAGUUCGAAAGAAUUAUGGCGGAUUUGCAGUUGGAAAAACGAGUGACUUGAAAAUUGUCAACAAGAAGUACACUAUUCGUUACAAAGUAAAUAGACGCAAAACAAGAAGUUUUCCGGCCUACAUCGUUGUGGUUUUAAAGUCAACGGAACAAGCAAAGAGAAGAGGGUGCAUUUUAGCAUGUAAGAAUCAAGGACAAUGUAAGCAGUAUCCAUACUCAAGUGCACAGUAUUGUGAAUGCAAACCGUUUUACGAAGGGAACCUUUGUGAAAAGCACUCGAAAGCAGCUCUUGCCAAAACAAUCGACAUGAUGGUUACCACGACACUUCAAAUACCAGUUCUUAGCGACGUCUAUUUUGAUAUUAAAGAUCUCAGAAGGUUUGUUGGCAUCAAUUUUGUUAAUAUUCAGAAAGGUAUCAGCAAUUUGGAAGCAAGCAUUCAACGAAAAUUCAACAGUCUAUCCAUUGGCAUUGGGAAUCAGUUCAAAUGGGCAAAUUUCAUAACUCAGUACAAAGAUUCAAUUCACACAAUCGAAUAUUUUUCACAUCGUUUCGAACAACUUCCAGUAGAACACAAGGACGAGAAAAGUCUUCAGGUCGCAGGCAAGACUCUAGCAAACGAGGUACUCCAUGUAUCUCGUGGAAUACGUAAACCGUUAUUCCUUCUCAAUCAGAUGUUAGUCGGAAAAUUGAACAAGCCUCUUUUACGGCAUAAACCGUUGCUAUUGGCUUUCAUGGAAACCAAAAACAAAGCAGGAGAGCCUUGUACAUCGGCCUACAAGCGGAGAGUUGAUAACUAUUGGCGACAGCUGAUUCUUCUACAACAGAUUGGCUAUAUGGUAUGGGCACAAGCACUGGAGUUUGUUGGGAGGAAAACCAACAUAGUUGACCAAUUCUACAAGCAACGAAUAGCUGCUCAGCUUGCAAGCAUUAAGGGAAAAACAUGCCAAUACACCAUUGCGAACUCUGCAAACAUCCACUGCAAAGGACAUUAUCUACACCCUGGGAUGCAAAUUACAAACAGAUGUAACAGAAACUAUUAUGUUGUUGGCUCCAAGCGGACUUCUUGCAGAAGGAAAGUUUCAGGCUGCAAUCGAUGUCGUUGCUAUAGACGUGGAUCAAGAACCACGCAAUGCUCUAACUACAAUGGGAGGUGUCAUUGUAAAAGAGGCUUUUACGGCAAUCACUGUGGAAACAGAAACUGUGUUUGGGGACACUGGUCGCGGUAUGGACAUUGCUUGAGGUGUGGCUAUGGCGCUAGGAAACAGCGUCAUCGUGGAAUUCGUAUACACAAAUUGGGAUCAGGGAGAAGAUGUUACGGAUCAAGAUAUUCAUAUGCACCAUGUUUUAGGGGAUGUUGCAGAAACCAAUACCACUGCUCUCGUAGAAGGAAGUGUAUUCCUUCUUACCAAAGAUGCAAUUAUGAUAACAAUUGUGGAGACAAGCAAGAUGAGCGGUAUUGCAAUGAGCGCUGUUUUUGGCGAUAUACCGGACUCAAUGGCUACGGAGGAGGGAGGGUAGUGUACCUUGAUAGACAACGACCGUAUUGUCCAUCCGGAUCAGUAAUGAAAUCAUUCGGACUCCAAAAUAUUGGAAGCCGGAUCAGAUACCGGUUCAUUUGCUGCAGGCUCAAUAAGUACAUUUGCUACAACCGUGCAAAAUAUAAUACAUACUCGUAUGCCGUUCACAAUUCACGUGGUCAGACACUUGCUAGACAGCCAGUUCAUUGUCCAGGCUCAGCCUACCUCUCAGGAUUCAGACUUUCCAGAAAUCGACAUGGUAACCGAAUCAGGUACAUCUACAAUUGCUGCUAUUUGCGCUUUUACAGACACAGAAAGCGCUCUACCUGCUAUUCUAGACACACACGCUGGACAAAUGAUGGUAAAGGCAAUAUCAUCUAUCUGAAUCGACAGUAUGUCACUUGCGGGCCCCGCUAUUUCCUGUCGUAUUUCAGGCUGCAGCAUAGAAGAGGGAAAUGGUGGGGUGCAGGGAGUUUUCGCUACCAUUACAGAUGCUGCAAAAUCAACCCUUAAGAUGAAUAUCGAGCAAGUUGUUUUGCGGACACUGAAGAACAUUUUUUUGCCUGUAACGGCCUUCUUUAUUAGUGUUUUUUAUUAUCUCGGUAAAUACAUAUAACGAGCUAACUUGUUGCUAUUUUUACUGUAGUUAUCAUAUAGCUUUUCAAGGAUACAGAAGCAUCAUCUUACCAGUUUCAACAUAGCAUGAAUGAGCUGACAUUGUGUUGCGGUAUAAAUUUGUUCUAUGCUACAUCGAACUCGACCAUUUUAUGUAAUUGAAUAUACUUAAUGACAGACUCACACCCACUUCAUUAACCAGAAAUUUGGCUUCUAUCAUCUUGCUCCAUUGGCUCUCUGUAUUUUCGUCAUUUUCCUAUCUUUCAAAAGCGUUUACUCACUCUGAAAUGGUAUUUUAGAUUGCUUAGUGCUCUUAGUAUAUUAAUCAUCUUUGCUUUUGAACUUGCUGUUGCUGCUGUUUUGUAUUUAUGCUGAGUCAUUGCAGAAACUAAUGUUUGCUGAUUUGAAAUUU